AUGAAAGUCACCUAUUUUGCCUCUAUCCUCACGGCUGGACUUGCGUCCGUGAACCACCUCCAUUGUUCGAUGACAACUAACCUCUUUCAGGCCUACGCCGUCGAAGCUCCUAUCCCUGGAUAUGGCGUCGAGGACCUCUCCUGGGAAGUCCAGACCACCCCUGGCGGCCCCAAAGUCAAUCUCAAUGGAACAGUGCAGGAGGUCCACGAACAAUUGUUGGCAAUUAACCCCAACUACGAGCAAGAAUUCGCUGCCCUGAACGCCGACAAGAAACGGGAGCUUACUUUCGAGAAGCGGGAUACGGUAACAUGCUAUCAGUAUCCUCAGGCCAACCACAAGUAUGUCGAGAGUGGUAUCAAGUAUUUGCGUUCGGUCCCCGGCCAGCCCACAAACGGACCGGGACCUAACAACUGCGGACGGGUCAGCUGUAGUUACAAUGCUGCUAUCUGGUGGUGCAAUGAUAACACUUUCAGCAAGACCCUUCCCAGCUUCAACAACAUUGCCGAUGGAGCUCAGGUGGUUGAGAAUCACUGCUGGAGAGGAGGCAACUUUUUCUCCGGAAAGUGCGAUCACGCCGAUCACUGGAGUGUGAUUGUUAAGGGCGAGAGGUGCUAG